AUGGCUGAAUGGGUUCCUUAUCUUGAAAUUUUUGAUGAUGAAAACAUUCAAACUAAGACUAGCAUUGAUCAAAUUAACACUGAAAAGGCAGUUUCUAAUGCUCAAAAAGGAGAUAAAACAGUUCUACGAAUUCCAUCAAGAGAUUAUCUUAUUGAUAAGAUUGUUCAUUUAGGAAAAUCUUACCAAAACUUUUGUUACCAAGAAACAUGGCUUCCAUAUUGGUUCUUAAAUUCCAUGUAUGUGUUAAAAUUACAUAAAAUAGGAGGAUUUGACUUCUUCAAAGAUUCAAUUAUUAAAUACCUAUCAAAGAGAACCUCUUACGAUGGAGGAUAUGCGUCCUCUCCAGAUCAAAAAGGAAAUAUUAUUUUAACUUACACAGCCAUUAAUUCUUUAGCAAUAAUUGGAACUGAAAAGGCUUUCAGCUCUAUUAAUAGAUCGGAAAUUUACAACUUUCUAAAGCAAUCUAAGCAACCAGAUGGAUCUUUCUCUGCUGGAGCAGCUUUAGAGUCAGAUUCGAGAUCAACAUACUGUGCUAUCUGUGUAGCUUCUCUUCUUAAUAUGCUUACCCCUGAACUUCUUGAAGGAACUGUUGAAUUCUUAAUUUCUUGUCAAGGCUACGACGGAGGCUUUGGCCCACGUGCUCACUGCGAGACUCAUGGUGGAUAUGGAUUUUGCUCCCUUGGUGCCUUGUCAAUCUUGAAUUCUAUUGAUAAAAUUAACGUCGAAAAAGUAAUUAACUGGUGUGCGAUGAGACAGACAUCGUAUGCCGGUGGGUUCAAUGGUAGAACUAAUAAGCUCGUUGAUACAUGCUAUACGUGGUGGGUUGGCGCAAUGUGUAGAAUAUUAUCUGAUGAGUUCAAGAUUGAACCAUUUUGGAAUCAAGAAGGUAUCACAAAUUGGGUGUUAUCUGUAUGCCAGCAUGAAAGUGGUGGCGCUUUCGAUAAGCCUGGUGUUAAUCCAGAUUUAUUCCAUACAAUGUAUGGAUAUAUCGGACUUUCUGCAUCGGCUAACGAUUAUUUGAAGAAACAGGGUGGUUUUGAACUCAUAGAUAUGGACGCAAGGUACGCUAUUCCAAAAGAAUCUGUUGAGGCGAUCAAAAACUACUUUGCGAAUAACCCAUUCACGCCUUGA